GCCCGCAUACCUUAAUGUUCCUCAUCUUCGUAGAUUAGCGGCUCUGGUAGCAUAGUCUGAUUUGUUUCGCUGUUGUUUUGCUCUGGUUCUGGUGACGGCUUCCUUCGAUGUAUAAUCUAUGGCAAAUAAUACCCUGGAAUUGUUUCGGACGGCGAUGUAACUUAGGGCAGCCCAAGGGCAGCCUGUAAGGAUAUCUGGAUUGUGGGCGUCUAGAUGAGGCAGGGAAGAUUCUGGUGUCUUCCACCGCCUUCUGCUGCUCAGUGACCGCUCGUUUAUUUGGCUGCUCUCUUUCUCUCUCUCUAUCCAGAAUCUUAUACCACACUCUUUAUUUCCUUCUCAUCAUUACCCGCCACCAUGGUGAAGGAGACGAAAUAUUACGACUUGCUGGAGGUGUCACCAGAUGCUUCAGAUUCUGAUCUGAAAAAAGCCUACCGCAAAAAGGCUCUGCGUCUGCAUCCUGAUAAAGGCGGAGAUCCUGAGAUGUUCAAGGAAGUCACGCAUGCAUACGAAGUACUUUCUGACUCGCAGAAGCGGAGUAUAUACGAUGCCCGAGGAGAGGCAGGCUUGAGUGAAUCCGGGGGAAUGGGAGGCAUGGAUCCACAGGAUCUGUUCAGUCAACUAUUCGGAGGCGGCGGCUUCUUUGGCGGUGGAGGCCGGCAACAAGGCCCCAAGAAAACAAAAGACCUUGUUCAUCGUGUUCACGUCACCCUCGAAGACCUCUACAAGGGCAAGACAUCCAAGCUUGCCCUUACACGAAAUGUUAUCUGCUCAAAGUGCAAUGGCAAGGGUGGCAAAGAGGGUGCCGUGCGAACGUGUAACUCAUGUCAAGGUCGUGGUGUCAGGGUCACGCUUCGCCAGAUGGGUCCAAUGAUCCAACAGAUGCAACAGCCUUGUGACGAGUGUUCGGGUACGGGCGAGAUCAUUAACCACAAGGACAAGUGCAAGACUUGUAAUGGCAAGAAGGUAAUAUCGGAGAAGAAGAUGUUAGAGGUCCAUAUCGACAAGGGUAUGAAGGGUGGCCAGACGGUUACUUUCCGUGGGGAGAGUGAUCAAGCACCUGGGGUGACACCUGGAGAUGUCAUCAUCGUGAUUGAGGAGAAGCCUCAUGAGCGGUUCCGGAGACAGGAGAACGACCUAUUCACAGACGUUGAAGUCGAUCUCCUCACUGCAUUGGGCGGUGGCCAGAUCUCGAUCAAACAUUUAGACGAUCGUGUAUUGAGUGUGAAUAUUCCUCCAGGCGAGGUACUCAAGCACGACGACCUGAAAGUCAUUCAUGGCCAGGGUAUGCCUUCAUACCGACAUCACGAGUUCGGCGACCUUUUCGUACACGUAUCCGUUAAAUUCCCCGAACGCAUCGAGCCCGAAGUCAUCCCUUACCUCGAAAAAGCCCUUCCACCUCGCAAGCCGCUUCAGAAAUUCCCCAAGAACGUGCUCAUCGAGGAGGUCGAGAUGGACGAGGUCGAUCAACGACAGCGCGAGCGUGCAGAGAGCGGCGGCGAGCCCAUGGACGAAGACGAUGGCGAACCGAGGGUGCAGUGUGCGAACCAAUAAACCCCUUUAUUCCCUCCAUUCACCCCAACCGACCUCAUCCUCAUUUCCGACCCGCUUCCCCUUUCCGCUUCUCGGCCCUGGGGUGCUGAGGAGUUUGUUGGUUCCAUGUUUCGCCAUGGUAUGCCCGACGAACGUCUUUUGCUGUGUGUAUUGAUCUCUCGUGUUGUGUGCUGUGUGCCUGCUAGCCCGCUGCUGCUGUCAUCCCCUCUUCCAACCAUAUUCUUGCUCCCUGGAUUUCACGUGUUCCUUGCCAUGGUUUCCAUGCUACGUUGUUGCUCCCAUAUUCUCCCCCUCCCCAACCCCCCGCGACCUUGCAUUCUACAUCUUCUUUGCCUUCGUUCUUACAUUAAUUUAGUCGCACACUUUGUAGUAGUUGCAAUUUUAUCCAAUAGAAGUCAUCACAAAUUGCAAUUGGCUUGUACCAUAAUGCU